AUCGAUCUCUUUAGUCCUUUCUUUGAUCCCAAACAUAUUCAAAAGCUUCAAGAGUUAAACCUCGAGAAAAAAAAAUGGCUUUAGUGAGAAGUAUCUUCAGUGCAAAGAAGAUUCCUGGCGGCUCCUUAGCAAGAACGAGCAAAGCACCAAAAGGGUUUCUUGCGGUAUACGUCGGUGAGAACCAAGAGAAGAAGCAGAGAUACUUUGUACCAGUCUCAUACUUGAACCAGCCUUCAUUUCAGUCUCUUCUAAGUAAAGGCGAAGAAGAGUUUGGAUUUGAUCAUCCUAUGGGCGGCUUGACGAUUUGUUGUCCUGCAUAUACUUUUAUCAGUAUAACUUCUCAGAUCUAAUCCAAGGAUGAACAAUGAUGACCCUAGAUAAGAGGAACAACAUUUUUUUGUAAAUAUAUUGACAAUUUUUUUAUCUUUCUAACCCAAAAGAUUUGAUCCAAAGAUAGAAAUUUCGAUGUGAAAGA